AUCGGCGCCGGCACCCUUAUGAUUAUGCAAAUAAGGGGCGCUGGGCCGGCCAUUGCGAAGGCGCCCGGGUGACAGCGGCGCGCGGCGUCCGAGGGGGGGCGGGCGUUGGUUGGCGAGAUGGCAGCGGCGGCCUUGUACCUGGAACACUACCUGGACAGCAUAGAAAACCUUCCUUGUGAGCUGCAGAGGAACUUCCAGCUUAUGCGUGAACUGGAUCAGAGAACAGAAGACAAAAAAGCAGAAAUCGACCGUCUUGCUGCUCAGUACAUUUCAACCGUGAGGAGUCUGUCGUCGGAAGAACGGGUGGAAAUCCUGCAGAAGAUCCAGAAUGCCUAUGCAAAGUGCAAGGAGUAUAGCGAUGACAAAGUGCAGCUGGCUAUGCAGACUUAUGAGAUGGUAGAUAAACACAUUCGACGGCUGGAUGCUGACUUGGCACGAUUUGAAGCGGAUUUGAAGGACAAGCUGGAAGGCAGUGACUUUGAAAACCCUGUAACACAAAAUUUGAAAAAGGGGAGGAUUCCAAAGGAAAAGAAAAGCUCCCGAGGCAGAGGCCGGAGAACAUCUGAGGAAGAGGCUCCAGUGAAAAAGAAACCAAAACGAAGAUCCGAAUUAGCCGAUACCAUCCUGUCAGUUCAUCCUUCGGAUGUUCUGGACAUGCCAGUGGACCCAAACGAACCCACAUAUUGCCUGUGCCAUCAAGUAUCCUAUGGAGAAAUGAUCGGCUGCGACAACCCUGAUUGUCCAAUUGAAUGGUUUCAUUUUGCCUGCGUGGACCUUACAACAAAACCCAAAGGGAAAUGGUUUUGUCCUCGCUGUGCUCAGGAGAAAAAGAAGAAGUAGAAGAAGAGAACGUAUUGCCUAAAAGAAGACGUUUCAUAUAUUCAUACCCGUUGCAAUAUUUUAUCUUUUUUUCCCACUGACCUAUGUGUUUGAUCUGGUAUUUAUCAGUGGCCAGUUGUCGUUCUCUUUAUCACAGAGGGAGCCAUCCUAAUUGGGAAUAAGAGGAAGUUUGUGGGUGAUGUUUACCCAGGUUACGUUUCCAUGGCACUGUGAUCAAUGUUAUGAAGUAGCCCUGCACUGGAAUUUCUGUUCCCAUAACUGAUGUGAAAUUGCCUAUGGCCUUGCAUGUGAAGGUGAUAUCAUUUGUGGUUAUCAAAUGUGUAUUCACUGCACCGCACAAUAUUUAUGAAGGAAUUUAAAGUCUAAUUGUUACUUUUCCUAAACUAUAUUUAGUUCUGAAAAGGAGGGGAUUCUAUUUUUUUUAAUGUACAGUUCUGCCCUUUUAGGGGCAAGCUGCAAAAGCAAUGAAAGCUUUCUUGGAAAGGCAAAAGGAAAGUAAUAACAUUAUUUUGUUAAGAUCUAUUCCAUGUUGGGGAGUUUUACACCUGCUCUAAUUGUUUCUGAUUUGUGUGCUAUUUUCUCUGGACUUCAUUCUGGUCUUGAUCUUAUACAGUAAAGACACAAGGAGUUCUGAAGAUGACAGAGGAGAUCAGUAAAGUCUGAUUCACUCAUUAGUGAAACAUUAGUGAUAUUUUUUUUCUAGUAAUUAUUGCUGAAUGUCAAUAAUCUAUUAGUAUUAAAGUUUAAGGAAUAACUAACCAGUCGAACUAGCUUUAAAAGGUCUCUGGUUUUAAGGAAGUAAAGAAUGCUGUGCCCGCAUAAAGCCAAGCUGUUUGGUACGAUCUUUUACAGAAGCUUAACUGACAUGAAAUAUCUUUUUUCUGAGUCUGGUAUUAAAAAAGGAUCUUAGAUUAUAGACAGACAAUAUUUUGCUUUUUCCCACUGGAAAAUUUGAAGAGGCAUGAUAUAUCUGUCAUUGUUUAUAUAAUACAUACUUUUGUCUCCCAUCUGGUAAUACAGCGUUUGCCAGCUUCAAAAACUAAAUUCUCCUUGGCUAGCAUAGGAAAAAAGAUGCAACAUCUCUACAUCCUAGAUAACGAUGUUUUCUGCCUGUCACUUUAAUAUUUCAUCCGUUUCCAAAUGUAUAUGGGAAAGCAAUUCAGAAAAAAAUGCCAGUUCUCAUUUCUGUUUAUUUGUUUUGUGAAGUAAAUAUGUGGGUAUUUUUUUUUAAAAAAAUCUCCCAAAUAUAACACACACAGCAAUGCUGUCUGUUAUAAAAAUGUGGAAUUUAUUAGGAAUUUCCUAAUCAAUGAUGGCUUCUGUACCCUUGAAACAACUGGCACACCAUAAUGGCUGCAGUAUCACUUUGAAUCUUGCUUUCAUUCUGGAAAACAAAGGGAAGAAUUAUUAAAAUGCAAAAAAAUCCCUAAUCAGCAAUUCUAGCUUUAAAAGAAAGGUAAAUAACUUGAUUUGCUUCAUGUCAGGAAGUAAGUUCUAACUACUUAUUUCACACUCCAAUUUUGCAUGCUGCUUAGUAGGCCGGGGCAAGGAACCUUUUCCAUUGCAGAUAUUUUAGGAUUUCAGCUGCCAUAACCCCCAGCCAGUCUGGCCAGUAGUAAGCGAUCAUGAGAAUUAUAGUUCAAAACAUCUGGAGCAGUGGUUCCCAACGUUUGGUCCUCCAGGUGUUUUGGACUUCAGCUCCCACAGUUCCUAAUGGCUGGUAAACUGGCUGGGAUUUCUGGGAGUAGAAGUCUAAAACAACUGGAGGACCAAAGGUUGGAAACCACUGAUCUGGAGGAAGGACCCCAUGCCUGUUGAAGGAAAUAAUGGAAUAUAGUGACUGUGUUCUUUUUAUCACUUUGGAUUCCUGUUACUGCAUUCAGUGUUUAUACACACAUUUUCAUUGCAGAGAGGAAAGUAAUAAUGUCUGGAGGGAAGUAAUUUGGAAUUCUAGUGUCCUUUGGUCAUAAUUUUCUGCCAGAGUUUUGCAUUACUGCCUAAUUUGUUUUGCUAUUAAGAGAAGCAAGUGUUCAUUUUGAAGCAGUUGUCCUUCUCAAUAUUGUAUGCACAGGUAUGGAUCAGUUUCAAAGGGAGGCAUUAGAUUAGACUUUUUCCAAUGAUGAAGAAUUGGAUUGAGGAAGCAUUUAAUGGGAAGCUGAAGUGUGAGAAGCACUUAUUUUUUUAAUGUAAAGUACGUCUGCAGACGCUGUGGUCUGUUAAGCCAAAUAUGGUCUCCCAAGCUCUACAGUUCACCAGAUGCUUGACAAUCCUUUUAGUUUGUGCAAUCCCACUCAAAGUGAUGGGGAAAAGAUUAACUGAAGACCUGAUAGCUUUAUCAAGUAACCAUACAUUGUGGCUGGCAUAUCAUAUUUAUGCCAAGCAUGGAUGACUCAAUAAUUCAGAAAUUAAUGAGUAAUGCCUUUCUGGACAGUAAGAUGAGAUGGUAUUAGUUUUUACUAUAUUUUUUCUGAUUUAGUUCCCCUUCUUUUCAAUUUUUGUGUUAAGAUAACAGGAUUAGCAUUAACAUAAAUCUUGAAAUCCCUUGAGACGUGUUUUUGCAUAAACAGUGCUAGUAUAUAGGUACUGGAGUUAACUAAACUGUUAACUUUAUUUUAAAAUAGGAUUGAAAUCAUGUACGAUUCCAAAGAAUUAAAAGGGGUCCCCCCCUUGUUUAAGAUAGAGGCACCAGAAUAGUAGUGAAGCUACUGCUUUUGGAAUAUAGUCUUGGACUGAGCAAUAAAAGUGUUUCAUGUAAAUGCUGCCACUUUGGAAGAAAGGCACCAAAUUGAUUGUUAUAUCAAAUAGAUCAUUUUGGUCAGGAUUGUACAAUGUAUACAGAUUACAAUAUCUGUCUUGAUUCUGACCUGCGGAGAAUGUAUUCUCUUGAAUGUUGAAUGUAUCUGUCCGAUGAUUGUUCUUUUUGAUUGUCAGGGAUUGAGCACAGGGGGGAAAUUGAAAUAGCUCCCCUCUCUCUUUGAAACAUAACAUAUUUUGUGGUAGUCAUCUUUUUUUCCAUAGUUUCUCACUAAGCAAACAAAUGUCACAGCCUAAACUCCCUUGUCAAGGAAUAUAUGUUUCCUUUGUAAAUUGAAAAGAAUAUUAGAGAUCUUUUUAUUAAAAUGUGAAAAUGUAUAUCUGUAUUUUUGAUCAUGUUAUAGAUAUGAUAGGUAUAUUGUUAUAAAUAAAGUAUUUUUGGGAACAAAUGUUUCAUUGUUGAAGUAGAACACAGGGUAUACUUAGCAACUUCAAAUAAUGCUAUCAAAAAUGUAUAUGCCUAUAAUAAUUUUGCUAUUCUACAGGAAACGCAUUGCACAAAUCUAGUGUCCUAUUACUUUGUUGUGGUUGUGUGCCUUCAAGCCAUACCCAGCUCCUAAUGGGAACCUAUCUUGAGUUUUUGUUUUCUUAUAUUUGAACCAUAUAUUAAUCAAGCCCUCAGUAAAAGUGUUAUCUAACGUUUCUUUUA